UGGGGUGGACUGCGCCGGACUGUGUGAUGGGGCGCUUCCGCAAAGAUGGCGGCCGCGGCGGCAAGAGGCGCUUGGCUGGCGGGCUGGGGCGGAAGACUGCGGCGUGGGAUCGCUGCCGGCCGGCGAGCUUGGCCCGGCCCUGGCCCCUCGACCGUGGCAGUGGCCGGUGUGGCCCUGGCAGGCACAGGAGUGGCAUGGUACCAUGGCCGCAUGAAUGUCGUGGCACCCGAGGGCAGCCUCACCGUCUUAGCACAGGAAAAUGUUGACUCUGGAGAGAUGGGAGAAAAAUUGUCCCUUCGUAAACAGCGCUUCAUGCAAUUUUCUUCACUGGAACAUGAAGGAGAAUAUUAUAUGACACCACGAGACUUCCUCUUUUCAGUAAUGUUUGACCAAAUGGAACGUAAAACUUCAGUGAAGAAGCUGACAAAAAAGGAUAUCGAGGAUAUACUGGCAGGAAUCCAACCAGCUCGUUGUGGAUCAACCUUUUUUAGAGACCUUGGCGAUAAAGGACUAAUUUCGUAUACUGAGUAUCUUUUCUUGCUUACAAUCCUCACUAAACCUCAUACUGGGUUUCAUGUAGCUUUUAAAAUGCUGGAUGCAGAUGGUAAUGAGAUGGUUGAGAAAAAGGAAUUUUUUAAGCUACAGAAGAUCAUAAGUAAACAAGAUGACUUGAAGACAACAAUAGCUAAUGAAACAGAAUGCCAGGAAUCAACAGUGAAAGAACCUGAAAUUACCACAACCCUUCAGAUACACUUCUUUGGAAAAAGAGGAGAAAGAAAACUUCAUUAUCAGGAAUUUCGAAGAUUUAUGGAGAAUUUACAAACAGAGGUCCAAGAAAUGGAAUUCCUUCAGUUUUCUAAAGGUUUGAGUUUCAUGAGAAAAGAAGACUUUGCAGAGUGGCUACUUUUCUUCACUAACACUGAAAAUAAAGACAUCUAUUGGAAAAAUGUAAGAGAGAAGUUGUCAGCAGGAGAGAGCAUUAGUUUGGAUGAGUUCAAGUCAUUUUGUCAUUUUACGACCCACUUGGAAGACUUUGCUAUUGCUAUGCAAAUGUUCAGUUUAGCUCAUCGUCCUGUCAGACUGGCGGAGUUUAAAAGGGCCGUGAAAGUAGCAACAGGACAGGAGCUCUCAAACAAUAUUUUGGACACCGUCUUCAAGAUCUUUGAUGUGGAUGGUGAUGAAUGUCUUAGUCAUGGAGAGUUUCUCGGGGUUUUAAAAAACAGGAUGCAUCGAGGUUUAUGGGUACCACAACAACAAAGUGUACAGGAAUACUGGAAAUGUGUGAAAAGAGAAAGCAUUAAAGGAGUAAAAGAAGUCUGGAAACAAGCUGGAAGAAAUCUCUUUUAGAAAAAGAUAAUCUGAGAAUCAAUACUGCUCCAAAUGUCAGAAUUUGGAAUUUGUUUAAAAUACUAGAUUUUUGUCUUCUUGAUUUUCUUUGUAAUAUAAAGAUGCCUUGUAUUUACCUUCUGAAUCAAUAAUUUCUUAAUAAAAUUUCAUUAAAGAACUUAGUAAAAGUAGAUACAUUCUGUCAGAGGGCCUAGAAUUGAAGUAAUGCUUUGUACUUUGAUAAGAUGGAAAACCUAGUUAUUCACUGAUUUCUUAGACACAGUAGUACAACGUGCUCUUUGGAAGGGUGUCAGCUAGUACUUACAGAAAAAAGUAUUUGAUAUACAAGGCCAAUAUCAAGUCCAGGAGUCCUAAUGUUCCCAGUAGAGCAAAUUAAAUUAAAAACUUCUCAGGUUUUCUCAUCUGUAUCUCAUAACUCAUAAGCUUCUUGUGUAUUUUAUUUCAGUUAGCUGUAUAUUAGUUGUCUUAAAAAUAAUGUGUAAAUUUCAAUAUCCUAUGUAGAAACAGAAUAAAGUAUUUACACAGAUACAAAA